AACCCUAUCACCCUCACAACAAUCUCAAACUCCCUCUUCCUCUUCCUCUUUUUCUUUCUCAGUCUCCUGUUUCAAAAAGAUGGGGAUUUCUGGUAACGUGUCUUGUUUGGUUUUGUUGAUUGGUUUAGCAUUGAGCUCUUUAAUAGUAGGCUCUUAUGCUGGCAACUUCUAUCAAGACUUUGACUUGACAUGGGGUGGUCACCGUCCCAAGAUAUUCAAGGGAGGUCAGCUUCUUUCUCUGUCUUUGGACAAGGUCUCUGGCUCUGGAUUCCAGUCCAAGAAAGAGUACCUGUUCGGGAGGAUUGACAUGCAACUUAAGCUUGUUGCCGGAAACUCUGCCGGCACCGUGACUGCCUACUACUUGUCUUCUCAAGGCCCUACACAUGAUGAAAUCGACUUUGAAUUCUUGGGAAAUGUCAGUGGAGAUCCAUAUGUGUUGCAUACCAAUAUUUUCACUCAGGGCAAGGGAAACAGAGAGCAGCAAUUCUAUCUCUGGUUUGACCCCUCAAAAAACUUCCACACUUACUCCAUCAUCUGGAAGCCCCAGCACAUAAUUUUCUUGGUGGACAAUACUCCCAUUAGAGUGUUCAAGAAUGCUGAAUCACUGGGUGUUCCAUUCCCAAAGAACCAAGCCAUGAGGAUUUACUCGAGCCUUUGGAAUGCUGAUGAUUGGGCUACCAGAGGAGGAUUGGUGAAAACUGACUGGUCAAAGGCACCCUUUACAGCAUACUACAGAAACUUCAACGUCAUCGAUGCUAAAUCAUCCAAAUCAUUCUCUGAUUCUCAGCCUGGUUGGCAGACCAAUGCACUUGAUGCUCCUAGCCGAAGACGCCUGAGAUGGGUUCAGAAGUACUUCAUGAUCUACAACUACUGCACCGAUUUAAAACGCUUCCCACGAGGUUUUCCUGCUGAGUGUAGGAACUGAUCUUUCCAGCUAAUCGAUCAGUUUGAAUGCAUUCUUUAGUACUGUCUGUGUAUACAGGGUUGGUGUUAAAGCCAUGUCAAAUAAUGAGUUCUUUGUAGCUUUGGUGGGGGGAGUGAUGGUCAAACCAACACCAAAUUUGUAAACUAGCAUUUGUUGAAUAUCUGUUUCAUAUAAUAAAAUUUCAGUGUCCGUUGUUUAGUUUCUCA